AUGCCCGAGACAGCCCCUGCUAACGUCACAGCUGCCGAUGGCUACAAACCACUAGAUGUCGAUACCUAUGUGACCAGCACCAUGAGGUCGCUAAACGUCUGUAUGAAAGGUCAUGGCAAGAACGUUAUCAUCCCUACCGAGCAAGAGUUUGCAAGCGCAAUACCACAAAGCCAUAGAAAGGGUGAGGCUGCGUACCACGUCAAGGCUCACAAGGGAAGCAAGGAUGGUAAGACAUGCUCAAAUAAACUGCUCUGUUGA